UCUGGUCCUCGGUAAUAGAUCAGAGUGGGUGUUCUGUCUUCCAGAGGAUCUUUGUGGGUGAACUUAUUCAGGAUGGCAGGUAACGCGUGGAGGUCAAUGCUGACCCUAGGAGGCGCUGUGAGGAGACCAGCUCUGUCCUCAGCUUCCUUUUCCAGAGGGAUGCAGACGGUGACUCUGAUUCCUGGUGAUGGAAUCGGUCCAGAGAUCUCCACAGCGGUCAUGAAGAUCUUUGAAGCAGCCAAAGCUCCCAUCAGGUGGGAGGAGAGGAACGUGACGGCCAUCAAAGGUCCCGGUGGUCGGUGGAUGAUUCCUCCCGAUGCCAAGGAGUCCAUGGACCGCAGUAAGAUCGGGCUCAAAGGACCCCUGAAGACACCCAUCGCUGCCGGACACCCGUCCAUGAACCUGCUGCUCAGGAAGACCUUCGACCUGUACGCCAAUGUCCGGCCCUGCGUCUCCAUCGAGGGCUACAAGACGCCCUACACCGACGUCAACCUGGUCACCAUCCGGGAGAACACGGAGGGCGAGUACAGCGGCAUCGAGCACGUGAUCGUGGAUGGCGUGGUUCAGAGCAUCAAGCUGAUCACUGAGAAUGCCAGCAGACGCAUCGCAGAGUACGCCUUCGAAUACGCCAGGAACAACCAGAGGAGCAGCGUGACGGCCGUCCACAAGGCCAACAUCAUGCGGAUGUCAGACGGUCUGUUUCUGAGGAAAUGUCGUGAGGUGGCUGAGAACUACAAAGAUGUGAAGUUCACGGAGAUGUACCUGGACACCGUGUGCCUCAACAUGGUCCAGGAUCCAACCCAGUUUGACGUCCUCGUCAUGCCCAACCUGUACGGAGACAUCCUCAGUGAUCUGUGUGCCGGUCUGAUUGGAGGACUCGGAGUGACGCCCAGCGGCAACAUCGGUGCCAACGGAGUCGCCAUCUUUGAAUCAGUCCAUGGUACCGCCCCCGACAUCGCCGGCCUGGACCUGGCCAAUCCCACCGCCCUGCUGCUGAGCGCCGUCAUGAUGCUGCGUCACAUGGGUCUCCAUGACUACGGCAACAAGAUCCAGACGGCCUGCUUCGACACCAUCAGAGACAAGAAGGUUCUCACCAAGGAUCUGGGAGGAAACUCAAAGUGCUCAGAGUUUACAGCUGAUAUCUGCCGUCGUGUUCAGGAUCUGGACUGAAGCUGCAGGAAGGAGGUCGCUGUGGAAGCCUCACCUGUCUCACCUGUCUCACCUGCUGACUGGUCGUACCUGGGAGGCAGCUGCAGCUUCUGUCAGAAAUACUUCCUGUAAAGAGGGGUGUUCUGUGUGUGGGGUGGGACUUAUAUCGAGGGGUGGGGCUUCUACAGCUGCAGCUAGGUGUGUCGCUAACAUUCACAGCAAACGUACGCACAAUAAAGUCACCUGACCAAGUUGAAGCUGCGGGGCAUUGCUAUAACAUCUCAGCAGCUCUGCUUGUCUUACAUAUUUGCUAUUUUUUUAACAGUAGUUGCUGCAUCUGUUAUUUAUUAUUUCUACUUCUGUUACUGCUGUCUUCACCUCCAGAUCCACAAAUAUAGAAAGUUCUACUAACGA